UCUAUAAACACAUAUUAAUUGUCAUGGUAGCCUUGCCAGAAAACAGAUGGAUCAAACCAAGUGAUCACAAACAUAGAGACAGCCAGCACCGACGUAUUGGACUUGAAACAUUAAGGGCUUUUCCAAAAACACCAGAGGGAGGAAGAGAGAGAGAUUAUAGGUGAUAUCAGGCAGACAUGUAUUGCUCCCUCACCCACCUAUCUGUCCCUCCAAGCCCUUUUUUCCACUAUCCUGGUGUUACAAUACAUGUCAUAUACUCUGAUCCCUGGCUAUUAUAAAGGAUACCUGAAUUGUUCCUGUUGUCAUCGAUGUCAGGGAGGGAAACUGGAGUGAGUGGGUGGUGCUGAUGCUUUGAAUGCGCAUCUUGAUGGGAAAGGGGGUUGUUUAUUGGAAGAACUGGACCCUCUGUCUCAGCCUCUCUCUCUCUCUCUCUCUCUCUCUCCCUCUCUCUCCCUCUCUCAAAGCCCUCCAACUCCAGCAUCCACAGGGAGGAGGAGGAGAAGGAAGAGGAGGCGGAGAACAAAUGAAACAGUUUUUGCAACCACAUGUUGCUGUGCUUGAUUGAACCGCUGCAGCAGCUCCUAGGCUCUCCUUUCUUUGCAUUGCACACCCAACUAACAAUGUGGCCGCUGCAUCUGUAGGUUCUGCCACCUGUGGCAGCACUCCUAUUCCCUCUACGCCACAGAGAGAGAACAAAAAAAGGGGAGCUGAGAGAGGUCGGAGAGGAGGAGGAGGAGGAGGAGGAGGAGGAGGAGCAGGAGAUAUCUUUCAUGAUAAGUGGACUUCUGACAGAGAGAAAGAUCCUCGCUGCAUCCCCAGUUGACACAAAUGAAAGAAUCCUAAAACCAGCACCAUGCCUGGACUCAUUAACAAGGAGAACCGGAGCGCUCUGCCCCUCAGUGUCUCUGACAUCACUUCCUGUGUCAGGGGUUAUACUCUGGCCAUGACUGCCUCUAUGACCUAUGAAAAUAUUGAGGAUCAUGCAAUUGAGGGGAUCUUCAUUUAUCCACUGGAGGAAAAUUCUAUCGUUGUGGGGUUUGAGUCUAUGAUAUCCAGUCAGAUUAUAACACUGCAAAUCAAAGACAAGGCAAAAAUUGAUGACUGUUAUGUGGAUUGCUGCAACACAUCUAAUGGAGCACUCCAGAGUGGCAGCGGACACAUAGUGAUUGAUGAGGAUUUGGAGAGGACAGUGUUAGUGGUUAACCUCGGGGUCAUCCCCCCUAUGGAGACGGUCCAUAUUCUGGUUAGUACCUCCUCUGAGCUCUCCACCCUGCCCAACGGAGGCAUCAGGGUCUCGUCCCCACCGGUGUGUACACCUCGGGUACAGAGGACCAUCAACGAGGAGCAGGGGCUCCCCAACUUCUCCAGAACGCGGGACAGGCCUAGUUGUGCCUCAAGUCCUCACGAUCAAACUCCCAACUCCCCUCAGCUGUGGUUGGCUUCACUGCUGGAGGAGGAGGCCAUCAACUCCAUGGACUACGAGUUUAACUUCCAGUUGGAGAUACGGGCUCCCUAUCUCCUUGCAGGUGUAGAGAGCCCAUCUCACGCUAUCCGAGCCGAUGCAGACCCUCUAGCUCGCUCUGCCACAAGCGUCGUCAUCACCCUGGCUGACAAGUACACUUAUGACUGUCCUGUCAAGAUCCUCAUCUACCCCAGCGAGCCUCAUCUGCCACAUGUGCUCAUCGAGAACGGAGACAUGACGCAGGAGGAGUACGAUGAGUAUCUCCACGGCCGGAGCGAUUUCAUCAAGGCCACCAAGAAGGACUCCAGCAAUGAGAGGAAAGUAGAUAUCAUUCACAGACGACUCCACAAGGACAUCCUCCACAACCCUGUGGUCAUGUUGAACUUUUGCCCUGACCUCAAGUCCAUCAGCUCUGACCUGAGGAAGGUUCACGGCGAGUUCAUCUUCCUCAUUGAUCGCAGUGGCAGCAUGAGCGGGGUUAACAUCAACCGUGUGAAGGAUGCCAUGGUGGUGAUUCUCAAGAGCCUUGUGCCAGGCUGCCUUUUUAACAUCAUAGGCUUCGGCUCCACAUUCAAAUCCCUAUUCACAAGCAGCCAGAACUAUGAGGAGGAAGCCCUGGCUCUGGCUUGCGAGUACGUGAGGAAGAUCAGAGCCGACAUGGGGGGGACCAACAUCCUGGCGCCGCUGAAUUGGAUCCUGAGGCAGCCCAUGUUCAGCGGACACCCCCGCCUACUCUUCUUGCUCACCGAUGGGGCCGUCAGCAACACGGGCAAAGUCAUCGAGCUGGUUCGCAGCCAUGCACGCUACAUCAGAUGUUUCACGUUCGGCAUAGGACAGAAUGCUUGCAGGAGGCUGGUGCAGGGACUGGCGACAGUUUCCAAAGGAACAGCAGAGUUCCUGGUCGACGGAGAGAGGCUGCAGCCCAAGAUGAUAAAGUCGCUGAAGAAAACCAUGGCUCCAGUACUCAGUGAUUCCAUUGAAUGGCUCUUUCCUGAGACCAAAGAAGUGCUGCUGUCCCCCGUGGGCAACACCUUCCUGUUUCCAGGGGACAGUCUGAUCGGCUACAGUGUGGUUUGCGACGCCACCCGCUACCAUGCCAACCCCAAAUCUGAUAAGAGGAGGCGAUACAGCAUGAUGCGCUCCAUUGAGUCAGCCAGCUCCGUGUUUUACCACUCUCAAGAGGAGGACCCGGUGAGGACAGGUGGCGACAGUCAGGGGUCCUACAGGGAAGCACCUCUGUAUGAUUGCUACCAGGACUCCAUGACAGACAGCCCUGCCACCACAGAGCCAGACACCGCAGGGUUGGAUUGUAAGACGUCUCCAAGACGGCGUGCAUACAGCACCAACCAGAUAACAGACUACAACCCAGCAAAAAAGGUCUACACUCCCAGUGAUCCCAGCUCCGUGGUGGCAAAGAAUCCACUGAGGAGAGCCAAAGUCCAGGAGCUGAUAGGCCAGAUGAGCCCUGAGCACGAGGCCCAGUGGAGGAACGACUACCAGCCACAGUUGGCCAGCCUGUGUGCCACAUCUUCCAGAGGGCGCCCUGCCAGCUGUCACAGGCCGCUCCCUCAGCAGGAGCAGCUUUUGCAACAGGAAGUCGACUCAGAGCUUCAUGCCCAGCCUCAGGACAACCCACAGCCCAGCGCCGUCACAGCGCCGUCUGCAGCUCGCAACUCCGCCGGGGAAGAUGGAUCCAGAUCGUCCACUGACAGCCCUUCUGUUGGCAGCUCGGGAGACACGGAUGGCUAUGGACACCAGUUAUGUCAAGCAGAAACCCCACAGGAGACCCACAUUUCAGAUCUGAGUGCAGCCAGCCAGCUCAAAGGUGACUGCAAGGCCGUAGUGUCCGGACUGCUGUGUGGGAAACCAGCGAAGUGGGAGGUCGUCUUUGAUAUCGAGCCCUUCCUGAACGGCCGGGAACGGGAGGAAAAGGUUCAUGAGGAGCUGUGGAACGAGACCUUCCACCACAUGGCUGGACGCUCCAUCAUAGGCGACUUUGAGCACAUGGCGGAUAAGGAGUGUGAGAUUGAGCACGGCUCUGGCAGGAAGUACCAACUAUAUGCUAUUCACACCAGCAAGGCCUGCAAUAUACUGAGCAAAUUCACAGCGUUUGUUCCCAUCGACCUGGACACUAAUGAGUAUUUGCAGACAUGUAUUGAAUAUAUAAACCCUGGUGAAGGCCUGAAGAGGGGCUCCCAUUCCAGGUCUCGUUCAGGGAGCAGGAAGAACAGAGGGUACUCUAUCGGACUGGGUCGCUCUCAGUCUGGUGGCAUGUCUGAGGAAGCUGACGAUGUCCUGCCGCCCAACAAUGGAGAGGAUGGCGCCUCUCCAUGCAGCACCCCCUCCUCCUCCGGCUGGGACAGAUCUAGCUUCGCAGACGUCUUCCAAAGGAGUCCGUCUGUGACCUCUGACCAAUCCCAGAAGCUGGUGGAGAGCCUUUUUUCUGCCAGGCUGGCCCUCAGCAGGACUCGUCUGCUGACUCGGGCUGCUAAAGGAUUCAUGUGUCGAUCUCACAGCAAGUCCGGUGAUUCAAUUGGAGAGAGUGACAACGAGAACAAAGACUACAUUCCUCUGGUGUUGUUGCAGUUGGCUAGUGGUGCGUUUCCCCUGGACACAGCUCUGUGCGAUGCCAUUAGCGUGCCCAUGGACAAGCUAAAGUGGACGUCCCCUUUCACCAGCCACCGCACCAGCCUGGGCCACCUGUCUCACUCCAGUAGCCGCCGCGCCGAGAGCGCCGAUGACGGACGCAGAUCACUCUGUGAGCCAGAACCAUGUCAGCAACAUGCAGAGCACACUGCAGGCAUCCACAGCCCUUCUCAUGCUGCAGGUCCUCGCUCGUUAAGCAGUCCGUCCACUGCAUCUGAGCCUCCGCUCUCCCCGCACUCCCAGGCGGACAGCGGACGGGGCUCUGGGUCGGGGGGCUUGGAAACGGCAUCGCCCAGCGGCGUGCUGAAGAGGAUGCUGGAUCCAGAGAGCAUGGUGUGGGCCACAGCUGUGGCCCUCGCCUGGCUGGAGCACAGCUCCGCUAGUCAUUUCAUAGAGUGGGAACUGGUAGCCGCCAAGGCCAGCAUGUGGCUGAGCGCGCAGGAAAUCACAGAAGGCCGAGACUUAGCCUCCGUCAAGGCUACUGCCAACCAGCUCUUCAUCAUCCUCAGACACUGGGAUGAAAACCUGCAACUGAACAUGCUCUGUUACAACCCUAACAGUGUCUGAGGCCUGCUAAUCCAAGGCUGAAAGUACUCAACCCCAUACGAUACUAUGCUAACUGAAGCUGUACUAUUCUCUGUUCAGCAGUUUGUCCUCUGGAGUCUGAUUUUGCCGUUGCAGUUGUGAACAAUGUGUAUUUUCUUCUGUUCGUGUGCUGUUCCUCCAAACAUAUCACAGGCUCUUCAGAGGCACUAUGUGCAAGCUAUUACCUCGCUGGUGCCACAUACUGUAGCUGGAUCCCCGUUAGCAAGGGAUCUAAUCCGAUUUAUGCCACAGGUUUGAGUUUCACGUCGGUGUUAAAUUAGUAGCAUGCUGGACCACUGACCAUCAACAUCUGAGAAAAGCUCUUAUUGUCAUCAUAUUGAUGUUCUGGGGAGAAUUCUGCAAAACAAUUGUAAGAGAAAACCGUUCCACUGAUUGUCACAUACUGUUUUUACAUCUUUACAGCAUUUUCUGGAUUGAUUGUUUUGUGGAAAAAAAGUGUUACACGACAUCUGGGUGCUUGCUAGCAGUACUGCCUGUAUUUUCUAAUGCCUGUUACCAUUACAGUGUUCUUAAUAUUUGCCAUUUCUGCAGUUUGAUUAUAGCAGACAGAAAAAUAUGCAAACAGCUAAAGAAAAUAUAAAAUAUAUGUUAAGAUUUGUUUAAAAAAGAUGUGGCUUUGGUGGGAAUCUAUGAACGUGUAUCCCACUAGCAUGUUUAUCUACAGUUUAUUAUUUAAUGAUACAUACAGUUUCUAUUUUUUCACUUAUCUGAGUAUACCUGUCUUACAGUAGAGGUUUUUUUUUUUUUUUUAUUCAAAGAGAGUAACGCAGACCUGGAGUCAGUGGCACCAAACAGAUUAGCCCUGUUAGAACUAAGUGUUGACUAUGUCAGUGGAUAUUUACGCCUCACUAAUAUGAAAGGGGUUGCACCACACAAACCAGUUAUUAAAAACUCAAUAUUUACACCCUGUAACUGCCAGGUGUAACUGCUGUGUAGCUUACUAAACCAACUGCCAAAACUAAUGUUAGCUUGCUAAUAUUUCACCUGUUCACACUGAAGACGCGGUCCAAACUUCAUCAAAAUGCUGUUUAAUAACAAUGUAAACUGGAAUGUUUUUAAAUCAAUUUUUUACACAAAAAACGCAAUACACCUCAAAUUACAAGAAUUAUGCUGAUAAAAUGAGGUGUGAGUCUUCCGUUUCCACAUGAAUGGGAUUGAAAUCAUUUAAUCACACAGCUCCUCUAGACCAGUGAUUCUCAGACUAGGGUCCGUGGCACUCUGUCAGGAAGUCCGCAAAAUAAUUUGCUAUAAAUUAUAAAAUUGUGCUGUAUCAUUAAAAAGUACGUAGGUAUAUACAGCCCAAACUAGCUAAAUGGAGAAAAUCUGACGACAGUUAUAUCGAGCGACAGCGACGGGAGACUAAAAUGCGUCAUGUGUCUUCAGGUACUAGUGAACGAAGCUGAAGCUAGCCAGGCUAAACCGACAUCUAAUUACAAAGCAACCGGCAUUUCAGGGCAAAACAAAGUGGUAUUAACAUGAUUCAAACUGAAAUGUGUUUCUGUUUAUCACUGUCAAACAGGUCUGAAGUAUUUAGGUUGAAAAGUUUUAGAAUACAAAUAGUUCCAAUGGCGUCUAAGAGUACAAAUGGUAGUAAGCAUUUUACUUAAUCAAUGUUACGAUUAUGACGGGGUCCUUGGAAAAUGUUCUCCCCUUUAAGGGGUCCCUGGCCCUGAAUAGUUUGAGAACCCCUGCUCUAGACUACAUCAGAUUCUGAUAAUAAAGAGUCAUUUCAUGGGGAGUUUUGUCACUGAGAUAAAUAUAUUAAUCGUUUUACAGACGCUCUUUUUUCAAUGAUUGUGUAUGGCAACAAUGUUUUUUGGGCGAGUGUGCGUCACGUGAUGAACGUGGACGUUGCAAAACCCUGUGAGGCCACAAUACCAAAAUUGCUUAAUAGACCUUGGCUGCGGUCGAAUAGUAAAAAUAAAUGACGUCCAGUGUCUUUUCCUAACCACUGACCUUAUGACAUUUUCCAUUGAGGUCAAAGAAAGACGUGAAGGAGGAUUCAGAAGGACUUAGGCAAAGACAACCGCUGUUAAAGGGACAGUGUGUAGGAUUUGGCGAACUUCUCCUCUGAGCCGCAGAGUGCACCGUGGUAACGCCGUUCGCCUCGCUCAGAGGCCAUCCAUUACAUAAUAACUGUACUUUAGGAGCAACGGAGGUCAGACGGCGGCUGGCGGUACCACGGUUUAGCCCUCCCCGGCUCACGGUACCGCAGUUUUACAGGCGUGAUGGAGAACUACGGUGGCCUUCAGGUAACAUAAAACGUGAAAGUCUCUCUCGGGAGCCAGUUUGAUUUGUCCGUUCUGGGCUACUGUAGAAACAUGGCAGAGCAACAUGGCAGUGCAACA